AUGCCUCUGUAUCAAAUGUUAUGCAUAUCUACACAUUUUCGCGAAUAUAAACAUAUCAAGCAACUCGUUGACCAAACAUGCAGACACAUCAUGAAUAAUGGAGGUGUUGUGCGUAAAAUCGACUCUUGGGGCACCUUUGGCCUGCCACAAAGGAUGAAACGUCAUGCUGGGUACAAUACUUAUGGAGACUACUGGACAUUACAUUUUGAUACAUCCCCACGCACAUUGCAAUCUUUGAACAAAAUCAUGCGACAGGACCCCCUUGUAAUUCGAUGGACUGUUCUUAGGCUUGGAGCCAAAGCAGAAGACCUUGCGUCCGAGGGACGAAAUGCCAUACAAGGUCAAGAGUUCGACAAUGUAUAA